UCCGGGCGCCUCUCGGCGGGACCGGAAGCGGCGGUGCCCGGGCCGCCGUGAGGGACGCACGGUGCCGCUGGCCGCCCAGCCGGCGCGGAACUGGACAGGACGGCGGUGGUCAAGGCGAGCGGGCAGCUGGCGAGAUGGCGACGGGCGCGGACGUGCGGGACAUCCUGGAGCUGGGCGGGGUGGAGUCGGAGAACACGGGCACCAUCAACAAGAAGGACAUCAUCAACUCGGAUAAGAAAAAAUCCAAGAAAUCUUCAGAGACGUUGACAUUUAAGAGGCCAGAAGGAAUGCACCGAGAAGUUUAUGCACUCCUCUACUCUGACAAAAAGGAUGCGCCUCCGCUGCUGCCAAGUGACACAACUCAGGGUUAUCGAACUGUCAAAGCAAAACUGGGGUCCAAGAAAGUCCGGCCUUGGAAGUGGAUGCCCUUCACCAACCCAGCAAGAAAAGAUGGGGCGAUGUUCUACCACUGGAGGAGAGCAGCAGAGGAGGGGAAGGACUACCCGUUUGCCAGGUUCAAUAAAACAGUGCAGGUACCCGUCUACUCGGAGCAGGAGUACCAGAUGUAUCUCCACGAUGAUGCAUGGACCAAAGCCGAGACAGACCACCUCUUCGACUUGGCUCGGCGUUUCGACCUGCGCUUCGUGGUGAUUCAUGACCGCUAUGAUCACCAGCAGUUCAAGAAAAGGUCAGUGGAGGACCUGAAGGAACGAUAUUACCAUAUCUGUGCCAAGCUGGCUAACAUUCGUGCAGCUCCGGGCACAGACCUGAAAAUCCCGGUCUUCGAUGCUGGCCAUGAGAGGAGGAGGAAGGAACAACUGGAAAGGCUGUACAACAGGACACCAGAACAGGUGGCAGAAGAAGAAUACCUCAUUCAGGAGCUCCGCAAAAUUGAAACGAGGAAGAAAGAGAGAGAGAAGAGAACACAAGAUCUGCAGAAACUCAUCACAGCAGCUGACACCACCACUGAACAGAGACGUGCUGAACGCAAGGCUCCCAAGAAGAAGCUUCCACAGAAGAAGGAGACAGAGAAGCCUGCCGUUCCUGAGACUGCUGGCAUCAAGUUUCCUGACUUCAAAUCUGCAGGUGUCACGCUGCGAAGCCAGAGGAUGAAACUGCCAAGCUCGGUGGGACAGAAGAAGAUUAAAGCCCUGGAGCAGAUGCUGAUGGAACUCGGAGUAGAUCUCAACCCUAUGCCCACGGAGGAGAUUGUGCAGAUGUUCAACGAGCUGCGGAGUGACCUGGUGCUGCUGUAUGAGCUGAAGCAAGCUUUUGCCAACUGUGAAUAUGAGCUGCAGAUGUUACGGCACCGCUAUGAGGCGCUGGCCAAAGCUGGCAGUAUUGGCCCCCUCAGUGUGGAAGGUGCCCACCCAGAUGGCCAGGCAGGGCUCGGCAUCGAGGAGGGCAAGGGAGAUGCCAAGGACCAGAUCAUUGAUGUAGUAGGAGCACCACUGACCCCCAACUCGGUGAGGAGGAAGGUUGGGGGGGCAGAACAGGGAGCACUCAGGUCUCCGACGCAGAUGCCCUGACGAGCACUGGGGAUGCUGCCCUGCCCUCCCUCCAGGCGUGCACGUCCAAGGGAGCACAGCACGCCCGUUUCCCCAAGUCCCAGUGCUCUCUGGGCUCGUCUCCUGUGCUGGACAGUGUUCUUGGUGCUAUAGGUGGGGUCAGCAGGUCUUUCUACAUCCUGCAUGCAGGCAGAUGGCUUGAUGUGGGUGCCACCGUGGACCAAAGCAGCGAGGCUUUGGGUGACGAGAGCUUGCACCAGGGCAGCAACAGUGAUGCCAGUACAGCUGCAGGCCUGAGGCAUUUUCCUUCUAGACACAGCCCCAUAAGGGCUGCUCAGCAGAGGGAAGCAAGUGGGAAAAGCAGCCUUGAUAUAAUGAGCCAUGACUUGCCCGAGUCCCUGGAGCUGAGGGGGUAGCCCACCCUGAGGCAGGAGGCUGGGGAAGGAGAGAGGCAUCUGAAGAGCAAAGGGUUGUUUCUCUGCCCCACUGCCAGUGCUGAGGAAGGAAAGCCAGACCUAGGGGUUCUGGAAGCCACUGAAGCUUCAACCACGAGCCCUGCGGCAGUGUCCUGCGCAUGCUGUAAAUCCAUCACUAGCUCUCUCCUCCCUACCUCCCCGAGGGUAGGCUGCCAGCCCCUCACCACUGCCUCAGGGCCGAGGGUACGCCUGGGGGUCAGCCAAGGUUGCUUUCCCCUCUGUGCAGUCCUCUGGCACAGCUGAGCUGAACUGCCUGAUGAAAAGCUGCCCGUCUCCACGCAGUGGCAUCCCCGCCGCCUCAGACAAACUGCCCCGGUAGCGUCACAGACCUUUCCUUUCUCAAAUGUAUAAUGUAUUAUUGCAGGAUAUGGAGAACACCUUAUCUGUCAACGGCAGAGGUGACACAUUAAUCUGGACUCGAGUAAUGUCCUAUUCAAUUGUGACAAUGUGGAGUCAUAAGGAAGCGUUCCGCUGAGACAGGUUCAUGUUUGCAAAGGAGUCUUCUGAAUCUUUUUUUCACUGCAUUCCAUCCCCAGUGUCACCCCUCCAUGCGGUCCAGAGUAUGUCCUGCUUUGGAAACCUCUUGGGCUGGUUCACAACGCACCUGCUUUCCCUUGGGACUGCUCCUUGGGAAGGUGGGAGAGGAGGUGGUGGCGGUGGCCAUGGCUGCAGGAGGAGGGAGCCCCAGUGUGUGACCACAUCCUUCCUCAGCGCCACCUCCUGCAGCUGGAAACAAAGAGGUGGGCCCAGGCAGCGCAGAGAGGGUUAAACUGACCUGGUCUCUGACAUAUUUGAAAGAAAUAUAAUCAAGUUAAUUCACUGCAAGGCAAAUUCAGUACCUAAAGGGCCUCCAUGUUAAAUACAGCACUGACCUUUACCGGCUGAUUACACAAAGACGACACAAUUAGAUUAGUCCAAGACAAAAGGUCAAGCACAUUCACACUGUGACCAUUUUAUGUUACCUUUUGAGGGGGGAAAAAUUACAUCCCAGCUGGAGGGGUAUCUUGGGGAGAAGGGGAACGGGGCUGCUGUGCCAUGUUCUGCCUGGCUCAGGCAUGUUUGGAGAGUUGGGCAUGGCCUAACACAGCGCUUGCCUUGUACCUUUCUGACAGCUCUGGGUGCUCAGGCAGCGUGAGGGACCGGCGGCUCGUGGCCCACAACCAUCUUUUCUCAAGGAUGGACUAAGCUGGUUGGAGGCCGGGUGUUGCUGGUGUUCCCUGCCCUGCCCCAGUGCCUCACACUUGGUGUCACAGUUAAAAAAUCAGCACCUGGAAGGCUGGGGGGUGGCUGGGGCAGUCCUGCUGGGCUGCAUGGCAGUGCCCGCACCCUGCAGAGCUGGUAGCACCAACACGCAGCUGUUUUUUGGGCAGGUGGUGUGCUGGGGCACAGCCUGCCUGCUCAGCAGCGUGCCAUGCUCCUUUGCCUCCUGCAGUGUCUGUGGGUGACCGCCUGCCCUGCGCCCCACCAAGGCUGCUUCCGUGGUUUAGCCCAGCCACGCCAGCCUUGAACUUGGAGUUCAAGCCUGUGCUUUGCCACGGAGCUGCCAGGGUAAUUGUUUAAACUCCCUGCUUCAAAUUCCCCCGAGUUAGAGAAUGAAUCCCUUUGUGCUGUCUAUCACUGCCCGUCCAUGGCACUCCACAUGUUGGUUUGAGCAUGGAUUAGGACAGCCUCCGAGCCAGCUGCUCCCCUGAAGCCAGAUUUGUUUCCCUGGAGAGAAGUAUCCUGCUCCAGAUGUUGGGAGAGAGUAGCAAAGCCAGGAAUAGGACUGAGUCCUGACUCCCGUGUUCUCUGCAAGCCUGGAUUCCUUUCCAGGACUGGGCAUGGUUGGAUGAAAGCACACGGAGGUAACACUCGUGCCAACAGCUGGCCGUGCUCUCAGCCUGGGGCUGUCCCCAGGGCCUUUCUCCAGCUCAGCCUAUGCUCUGGGGAUAGGCAGGAGCAGACAUCCCUGGGGGUCCCCAGCAGCGCUGCCCCAUGGUGAUGCCAGCCCCUGGGCCUUGCUGCCCGUCCUGGAAGCCCCUCCUGUGUGCGCUGCGCUCCGUGCAGCAGGGCAGGGCGUGCGCCGUGAGCCCCGGGCAGGAGCGGUGCCUGUGUGCCGCGGCUGCUGUGGGCAGCAGAAAGGCCAGCACGGCACUGCCCUGCCACAUCCCCUGCGUCCCUCCUCCCGGAGCUGCCAUCCAGCAUCUCCCGGGGGCUGCGGUGCCUGUCGCUGACCAUUAAAGCUGAGCCAGGAUCCCCCCGGCGCCGUCUGCCGCUGACCCCGGUAGGGACUGUGCUCAGGGCCGUCGGGAGGUGAAAGGUGAGCCGAACUCGGAACAAAUUAGUUCCAAGCAGAAGUUCAGCCAGUUACUCCAGAUUGGAUCCUUUGAUUUCCGCAACUCAGACUCCACUCAGUGAUCUGUAAUGAGUGACUCUCAGAAAUCCUCACAUUGCAGCACUUUGUUCCUGAGCUCACAAGUCAGCCCAUUAAUGGGUAAAGGAAAAGACCUUGAGUCUAAGAAGUCUCGGGUUCAGAGUCAGAAUUAUUUGACUUUUAAGCUUCCUUUAUCUGAACUCCUGCUGACUUCUUGUUUUCUGAGCCUGUUUGAAAGCUAGAAGUUACAUUGUUAAGAUCAAACAUUCUCUUUCCAGAUGGAGUUACAAUAUCUGUCUUUUAUAUAUAUAUAUAUUUUAAUAUAUAUAUAUAGUGUAUAUAUACCGGGGUGUAUAUAUAUUCCACUCUUUUUUUUUUUUUAAUCGUUCUUUCCAUUAAAAGAAACUAGACUUGUAGGCUCUUGUAAAUUAUAAUGUAAAACAUUUUUUUUAACCAGACAGUUCCCAAUUUUGCCCAAGGCAACUGGAAUAGCUGCGCCACAGAAGGCAAUAGGAAGGUGAUUAAUAUGAAUUUGUGACAUAUUUGAAAGAUGGGUCUUUUGCCAUAUAAAGAUUAUCAAACACA